GAAAGAAAUAAUUUGCAUUGAAACCUCCUCUUUGCAAAGAACACAAAUAUAUUCGACAUAACCUGCUGUUCAGCGAUCACACCACUCAAACAAAGAUACCACUUUUUACUCUCGGCAAAGCCCUGAUAAAUCACAAUCACCCAUAUAAUUAAUCAUUCAACCUGUUUAUUUAUAUAUUACUUCUUUGAAAGUAUUCUAUCAACGUUAAAAGUGUGUUAACCUGCCCAUCAUUGUCGAAAUUAUAUUUGGUUCUUUACAAGUAGAGAGAGAAUUCAAUCUUAUUAAACCCAACAACAAACAACUCCACAAAUAAUCUAACAAUAUGCAACAACCUCGUCGUUCGUUAUCAGCAUCUAAUAUUACUAAUUCAUCCAAUAAUAAUAAUAAUAAUACUACGAAUACUAACAAUGGAUCUUCUACUACACCAGUUGUAGAAUCUGUUCACGAUAAGAGAAUUAAUUAUCAUGAGUUGAUGCAAAUGUUAGGCACCGAAAAUUUACAACAUGCUAGUUUAAUGAUGGGAGCUUCUCAUAUGCACCCAAAUACUGUUGAUCCAACAACACCAUUAUCUGCAAAUAGUCAUCACCACUUGGCAUCUUUUGUUCAUCCUAAUGCUACAACUCAAAUGUCCACUACACAAUUACUUUUGGAAGAGUUGAAUAAUGCUGUUGAUCAUACUCAUCAUCAAGCCACUCUUCAAAUGUUAGCCUCUGGUCAAACAAAUAAUGUAGAAUCUAAUAAUACUACAACAAGUACAAGUGGUAAUUCUAUUGUAAAUAAUGCUGCUUUAUUAUCAGCAGCUGCUGGUCAUCAUCCAUAUCAUUACUAUCCAAGUCAAUAUUCUCCAUAUUUAUAUCAUCCUUUGAGUCAUCCAAUUCACCCAAUUCAUUUCUCAAGCCAUACUCCAUUAGCUGCUUUGUACGAUCAAAGCGCUGCUGCUGCUGUACUCUUACAGCAACAACAACAAUUGUUAAAUCAUUCACAUCUCCAACAUUCCCUUCCAACUGCUAGCUCUACAACUACCACCACAGCUCAACAACUCUCACUUAACAAUCCUGCUACAGUCAUCACACAAUCAUCUACAAAUUCUAACAAUAAUACUGUUAGUAAUGUUCAAACUAAUACUGCCACUACAACAAGUCAAAAUGUACAAAAUACCAAUGCAAAUAAUACUGAAGAUGAAGAAAUUGAAGAUGAUAGUGAUUCUAAACCAAUGGAUUGUAAAAAGGAAGGUGAUAAUACUUCAGAAUGUGAAGAGAAUCGUGAAUGGUCAAAUUGUCAUGUUAAUAGAGAUUUUCUUGAUUCUUCAAAUGUUCAAGUUAAUAUUUAUUUAGAAACAAGAGAUUCUGGUCCAAGAAAUGAUUCUAUUGUAGAAAGUGAAUUGUAUAGCUCUAUCAAAUAUGAGAUGAGACAUGAAAUUAAGUGUCUUAAAUUUUUGAACGAAUCUGAUAAUGAUCUCCAACUCUUCUGUCGUGUACAAAUCAUUCACCCAGAUAAUAAGAAUGAAGUUUUAAAGAACGGUAAGACUAUUCUGGGAGGUGUUGUAGAAUCCAACGUUUCAAAGGGAAAUGCUAACGAAAAUAUUGCUUCAACAAGUAUGAAGAUUAAGUUCACAGAUUGUAGUUAUCAUCAUGGUAAUUGUAAAUUUGCUUUCAGAGUUUCCUACUUUAUUGAAUCUGAUUUGGAUAACCCAAUCCUCAUUAAGGAAUCUGCUUCCUUCAAGGUUUUAGCCAGAAAACCAUCUAAGAACAAGACUAAGAAACAAGCUUCCAAAAGAAAGAGAAAGGAAGAAGAAGCUGCAGAAAUUAAUACAGUUACCACAACAACAACACCUCAAUCAAGCCCACAAAAGGUUAAGAUUUCCAGUUUUGAUGACUUUAAACAAGUUACAACAAGUGUUUUUGAUUAUAUUCAAACAAACACAGACGAGCAAAAGAAGAGACAAAUGAUUAAUUAUGUCAUCACCAAAUUGUACUCAGUUGAUCCUAACAUUAUGUUUAGUUUACCGACUGAUGAUGGUGCCAAUGACAUUUUCAAAGGUCUUUUAUAAAAAAAUUAAAAAAAAUACAAAAUUAUAAUUUAUUUAAAAA